AUGCAUCUUAUGUACACCCUCGGUCCCGAUGGCAAGCGCGUCUACACCUUGAAGAAGGUUGUUGACGGCAAGGUCUCCAAGUCUGCCCACCCCGCCCGUUUCUCCCCCGAUGACAAGUACUCUCGUCACCGUGUCACCCUGAAGAAGCGCUACAACCUUCUCCUCACCCAGCAGCCUGGUAUCGUCAUCUCCUCGUCCCGUUCUGCGCGCCAGCUACUAACGUCCGUCACAGAGAACUAA